AUGGCCUCGCCGCCGCUCCUGCUGCUGCUGCUGCUGCUGCCGCUGCUGCUGCCGCCGCCGGCCGCCCCCGGGACGCGGGGCCAGCCGCCCUCCCCGGCAGGCGCGGGGCCGGCGUGGCCGACCGAGUCCAGCCCGGGUCGCGAGCUGCCGCCGUCGCCCACGCCGCCCCCGGAGCGCCGCGGGCCCGCAUCCCCCGGCCACCGCCAGACCGCCCCUGCGCCGGGCGCCGCGAGGCGGCCGGGACCCUCGAGCCGGGCCCCCCAAGGCGCGAGCGCGGCUGUUGUAAAAAACCACUGGCUAGAAAGCAACACUGAACCCCAAAUAGAAAACGUUACCUUUGAUCAGAAUCAAGUGGACUUUUCAACAGUGGUCUCCAAAGAGGGCGUCAUGGUGCAGACCCCCAGGAAGAGCCAUCCUUCUUUGGAUGCUCCAGAAAACAUCACCUUACAAACUGAAACAGCAGCUGCUAGAGGAAUAAAUGACUCUCUAAGGAGAACAGAUUUCACCGUUCCCCGCUAUGGGCCUGGAAGAACAACGACUCUGACUUCUCAGAGCAGCACCUUCGCCUGGGGAAAGCGUCAACCGCCAUCCAGCAGUUCAGGGUCAGAAGCAAGAACUGCCCCUCUUUCCAUGGAGAGUGGAACAUCCUGGGGUUCCCCGGCCGGGGGACAGGGGCUCCCCGAAGAAGUGACUGUGCACACCCAAAUGGCUGCCACUUCAGUUUUGAGCCAGUCUUCUCUCCCUGCUGUGGAGGGGGGAGAAGAGACCGCACUCCCCAGGCAGAGAAAUUCCUCAGGAACAGAGCCCUCCGGGCCGCCUCUCUCCAGGACAUCGGCUUACUCCCCUCCCUCGGACCAUCCCUCAUCUUCUGGAAGCAUAGAGGAUUUAAACAGCUCUACUGCUGUCCACAGCUCCUUGGUGAGUGGGACAAAGAGUGUCCGUGUUGCCACCAUGUUCCCCAACAGUGUCCGAAGGACGCCCCACUCUUCAGCCAUCAGUCUGCGACCUCUGAGUGAGACAGAACGUUUCCCUGAGGACUCUGAUAUUGCCAUAACUUCAUCAUCAGUCCAUCCUUCCCCCUCGGAGGCAGACUUGAGAAGAAGCAGUGGAGUAUUCGGGAGCCCAGGGGAUGGGGCAUUCACAGCGCUGUCCACAGAAAGUGCGUUUCGUCCUACAUCUCCCAACGUCUCAAGGGAAUUUUGGCAAAAUGAUUCUCCAACCUCCGGAGGACCCCAGCCGGCCAGUGGCUCUGGUGCAGGGAAUGGCAGCCCUGUGUCUCAGACAGAAGCCUCCUCUCGAUCCCUCCCGCCAGUCGGAGGUGGAGAGAGCACCGCUGUCUGGUUUUCAGCCGGCAGCGAGCCCUUCGCAGGUGCGGCAGGAAGCUCCACUUCCCAUCCUGAGGUUGUGAAGGCUUCAGUUCUGACCCGCUUCUCAGCCUCCGCCCCGCAGUCUCGAGGAAGCCACUCAGCGCUGUAUGAAAUGAGCUACUCUGAGCUGGCCACCGAGUCCUUGUCUUCAUUCUCCUCAGAAAGUCUGGGCUUCUCGGCACCUCGCGGGGAGCGCUCCAUCCCUGGGAUUAGCUACGAUGGAGCGAGCAGCACGGACCCUGAUUGCGGGACCUCCGGUGAACACACCAACUACACCUGUGCUUCGUCUCCUUUCACCAAAGGGGAGCGGGCACUGCUGUCCAUUACAGACCACAGUUCAUCCCUGGAUGGAAGGGAGACUUCGACCUCUUCCGUUAAGAUCUCAAGCUCUUUGAGUUCAGACUCUUCUCCCUCUUCUCAGGCUCAGACCGAGAGGAGUAAUGUCUCAUCCCACCAAGGAGAACAUGCUCAGCCUUCCCCUGAGGCGCUGGUUCUGCCCACGGCCAACUCUCCGUCUCACACACCCACCCUUAAUACGCCAACCACUCUGGUUCCUCCGGAUGCCGAUGCCAGAUCUGUUGGUGACGCAUUAUCAUCUUCCUCGGAGCUGCCCUUGCCCCUGCCCUCAGUGUCGCAGUCCUACCAGUCAUUCUCGUCAGCCUUGCCAUCUGCUGGGGCCUCCGCUCAUCCCCUGCCGUCCAGCCCUGAUGCACCCCCUCCUUUGUCCUCCUUGCCUCCCCCCUCGUCACUGCCCCCGACGGCGUCUGCCCCCACCUCGCUGUCUGACUCACAGACAGCCCUCCCACCUGCACCUGUUACCCCAGUCCUGCCCAGGGCAAGGGAUGCUCCCGCGACUUCAGUUCGGACGCCAGCAGUUGCAUCGUCUGUUCCUAGCAGUCAGACAGCAGGCCCUAAGAACCAGAGUAGCCCAUACCUCGAGAACAUCGUUACAGAAUCGAAGCCACCAAGCCUGCAGACUCUGCCCGCGGAGGCCACGGAAGCUGUAACAGUGAUGUCUACUCUGGGGACCCCUUCACCCCUGGCCUUCACAGACUACUCCACCUCUACAGACACUGAGCAAGCCCUUCCAGCCACGAGCACCGACUUAGCCCACACGUCUCCAGCUUCGGCAGCCACCACCCUCGAGACCUCUCAUUCUCCCAUGGCCAGCCCUAGCCUCCCGUCAAGCACAGCAGCUCUGACGGGUGGCCCCACAACAGGACAGACGGUGGCCAGAGAAACAGUACAGACAGUGGUUCAGCUCUCGCCAACCAGUCCUGAAAUUCUUGUGGUCCAAGUCACAACGGCAGGUGCUGUCGCCACAGAAGAGAGCCCUGUGGAUAGAGAUGCUGCCACCAGAUUGUUCCCCCUGACUGAAGAGUCGACAACAGGACCUGGCCCUACAGAAGACGACAGCCUGGCUUCAUCUUUCCUCAGAACAUCUCCUCCCCCCGGAACCACGCCUGUCUCUACAGCUAAGGUGUUAACUCCUCCGCCGACCACCUCCCCUGCGCGGAGGAGCACCCGGUCACCCACAGCACCGUCGUCUCCCGCUGCAGUUAACAGCUGCACCACUCACCCUUGUCUUCAUGAUGGGAAGUGCAUUGUGGAUCCCACCACACAUCCUGGGUACCGAUGUGUGUGCUCACCUUCCUGGCAAGGGGACAACUGCAGUGUGGAUGUGAACGAAUGCCUCUCGAACCCCUGCCCACCCCUAGCCAUGUGCAACAAUACUCAGGGAUCCUUCACCUGCAGAUGCCCAGUGGGGUACCAGCUGGAAAAAGGGAUAUGCAAUUUGGUUAGAACCUUCGUGACAGAGUUUAAACUAAAGAAAACAUUUUUUAAUACCACCGUGGAAAAACGUUCAGACCUCCGUGAAGCUGAAAAUGAGAUCACCAAAAUGUUAAAUGUGUGUUUCUCAACAUUACCUGGUUAUACCCGAUCCACAGCUCAUGUUUCUAGGGAGUCCAGUGUUGUGGUGAUGUCACUGCAAGCCACCUUUUCCCUGGCCUCCAAUGUGACGCUGUUCGACCUGGCCGACAGGAUGCAGAAAUGCGUCAACUCCUGCUGGGCCUCUGCUGAGGUCUGCCAGCUCUUGGGGUCUCAGAGGCGGAUCUUUAGAGCGGGCAGCUUGUGCAAGCGGAAGACUCCAGAAUGUGACAAGGAGACCUCCAUCUGCACCGAUCUGGACGGGGUCGCGCUGUGCCAGUGCAAGUCUGGUUACUUCCAGUUCAACAAGAUGGACCACUCCUGCCGAGCCUGUGAAGAUGGAUAUAGGCUUGAAAAUGAAACCUGUAUGAGUUGCCCAUUUGGCCUUGGAGGUCUCAACUGUGGAAACCCCUAUCAGCUUAUCACUGUGGUGAUCGCGGCUGCAGGAGGUGGGCUUCUACUCAUCCUGGGCAUCGCACUGAUUGUUACCUGUUGCAGAAAGAAUAAGAAUGACAUAAGCAAACUUAUCUUCAAAAGUGGGGAUUUCCAGAUGUCCCCAUAUGCUGAGUACCCCAAGAACCCUCGCUCACAAGAAUGGGGCCGAGAAGCUAUUGAAAUGCAUGAGAAUGGAAGUACCAAAAACCUCCUCCAGAUGACAGACGUGUAUUACUCGCCCUCAAGUGUGAGGAAUCCUGAACUUGAACGAAAUGGACUCUACCCGGCCUACACUGGACUCCCAGGGUCACGGCACUCUUGCAUCUUCCCCGGACAGUAUAACCCCUCUUUCAUCAGUGACGAGAGCAGGAGGAGAGACUACUUCUAAAUGCGGAAGAAAGAGGGGCCCCUUGCUCUGACUGCACCAGGGGAGCACCGCCCAGGGGCCGCUCCCAGGACUAGUGGGGCCAUCCCUGAGCAGCCAGCAGAAAGGGGAUGGGCAUGGGGGGACGUGAGCACAGUGGAGGGGACAGCUGGAGCCCCUGGAGGUGGAACUGCAGGCUGCUCACCUGGCACCUUCAUUGCUACUGUGAAUGUGAACACGGGCCAAUCCAGUCGAGUCCCCGUGUGACCGCAGCAUGGCCACAGCUCUGGAGUGGCUGUUAGUUAGGGCUGAUCACUAGGCAUCCGUGCGGGAACCCAGGUUUUCCUCAGUUUGCACUUUAGUAAAUGCAGAAGGAGGGAGGGAGGCCUUCUUUCAGAUUCUUUCCAAGACUGCUCUAGAAAGAAGGCCUCUUCCCCUCAGACACUUCCACAGGACUCCAUUCGGUGACUCAUUACAGUGGAACGCUCUUUCGUUGUCCCCCUGCCCAGUAGCUGCGUGCUGAACAGUAGACGCUGAAGGACAUGCCACUAGUGUUUGGAGUUGCUGCAGGUUAACAUGCAGCGUUUUCACACGCUCCUAAGUCGUCUUGUGCAACGUUUUCCAAACAAACCCCUAGAUGGAGGAACUGAAACUUGUGAGGCAGAGCACACAGCUCCAGUUUGUUUUCUUCAGUCAAAGGGACACAUUUAUCUAGGAUUAUUCCUUUGCGGUUACUUCUCAUGUCACCAUUCGUGUCUGAAUCAGAGCAAAACAAGUUUCAUUUGAUUCUAGUUCGAGGCAUCCAGCUGCCCCACGGUGAGCCCUAUGGGCACUGGGCAAGGACCCUGGGGGAAGGUGCUGGCCCUGGGUGCACUGCACGGGGUGUGGGCUCAGACCUCUACCCUUGAGGCCGAGGCUGCUGUGUGUGGAGCAGAAGUCUGAAUGCAGGUUGGGUCCAAGCUGGUAGGUACUUCACCACUAAUGGAAAAGCAGCUGAAUGUGGUUCAGGAAAUGGGCUGAAUAGGUGUGUCCAUUUUCUGAGAUGCCAGUGCUUUGGGAAGCCAGGUAUGCGGUUCCCAAGGAAGAAAGGGGAGCUGGGCUGGAACCACACACGGGUCUGCUUACCCACCAGUGCAGCAUCUUUGCUAGAAGCCCUGAUCUCGUCCACAAACUCAGUGUUGGUUGGUUGGUUCAGCCAACCACUCAAAGCUAUUUAUUCAUUGAAGAAAUAACUUAUUUUCUCUCAAACAGUAAUUUGUAACUCUUUCAACUACUACGGAGUUCCCUCCUGAAACAGGGGUGUAAUUCAAGUUAGCAUUGGAUAACUAAGACUGCUGGCUGUUUAGGGAAUGGAGCAUCUUCCUGGGGGGAGGAGGCUCCACGCAUUUGUAUGAGGCUGUGACGUGGGUCCUGCCAGGGGUGCAUAUCCAAUGCUGCGCCUUUACCUGCUGCUGUGGACCCAUGAUCUUUGUCAUCUUCUUUUGAACAUCCUGGUUCGGGAUGAAGUGAACACAGAAGUAGAAUAACUGUUCCCAUCCUAAAGCUUGGAGUGCAGUGAUAACCCACACUUCUGGAAAUGGUGCAGCCUUUGGAGACCAUUCUAGCCCAGGCAUGGUUGUUCCUUCAGGGUUCUCUAAUCUCUUCAGAAGGAAUCUGAUCCUAGUGUGAUCCUCAUCCUAACGGUUUUGAGUGCAAAUUCCUGAGUCCUGUGGUUUGCUCAAGUCACCAUCACCCCACUGCAGCCAGGUUACUCUUCAGGUGUGAUCAUUCAUCUCAUGAGACACAAGGAAAGAACCCUGCUUUUUGUCAGUGGGUGCGAACUUAACUUAGCAUCACCUGUUAGAGAUCUUGGGUCUUGCCUCUAUCUGUGCAACCAGACAUGCCUUUCUGUGCCUCGUGGGCUCUCAUCUAACUGGAGAGCUCGAGCUUCUAGCCUCAGCUCACCUGAGCCAGCAAGCCGGGCCGCGAGGAGGCUGCUGCUUCCAGGCUCCUGCUGCAGAGCCUUGCCGGCCCCCUGGACCCAGGGCCGCAGUGGGGGCCGUCCCCAGGCAUACAAGCCCACCACCUGCAGCUGACAUCACAGCUGGCAGGUCAUCUCCUGUGCCCGGGUCCAGAAGCUAUACUCUUCACCGAAUGAAGCGUUCUGUCCCCAGAGUGUUCUGAAGCAGAAUCCCAACAUCCAGAACAGAGUGUGCUGUGAGUUUCAAAGAGGAUUUCCUGGGAGUGGGUUUUGUGCAUGUGAAGUGGAUUGAGAGUGUUGUUUUUUCUCUUACUGUGAAAAAGGGAGGCACCCUGCAAGGCUGAGGUCAUAUCACAUAUGCAGUUCCUAGGCGGCUCGCAGGGGUGGGGGCUUAGGGUGCCAGUGCUGGCUGCCCGCCUGCGUGAGGAAGGGAGAGGCCGGCUUCAUUCCUGCCUGGGGUUAAAAUACUUUGAGAAAGGUCCUCCCUGAGCUGAGAAACAGCUGGUGGGGCAACGGCCCUGGGACUGAGGGGACAGGCUGGAUGCACCCCUGGUGACCAGAAGCCCAGGCACAGGUUCAGGUUAGUCAACGCACCUGGAGUGAUUCCUGCUCACAGAAAUGCCAUGGUCCUGUGUGGGGCCCCACUUGAGGAAGCUGCCCAUAAGACGCUCAGACCUCAGGAAAGUGUGGGGCUGCAUGGAACCCCCGUGUCAUGCGGCGUGCCAGAGGGUGGUGACUCUCAGAGCAGGGCAGUGCUCUCUGGGGCCUACCAUCAUCUGUGGAGUCUGCUGAAGCUCCAGAGGGUCUGAAAUCUGGUGUCUUUUAUUUUUUGCGCCAUGAUCCAGCCUUGCUAAAGACAUUUUAGAAAGCCUAAAUAGUCCCAAUGAGCAUCUCACGUGUUCCCACCAAAGCCAGGCUCUGUGCAGAGUACUUGGCUUCACCACACCCUUGUGAGGUGGGCACCAGAGGGCCCAUUUCUCGGACAUGGGAACCUUCAGAGGGGAUUAGUACCUUGGCUUAGGGAGCCAGGACCCAUACCCUCUGCCUGGCUCCCUCUUCCCACUGUACCUCUUGCCUCAUCUCCCUGGCAGAUGCCUCACCAUACAGUAUCAAAGAGAGCUUGAGAGAAUGGGCUUAAAAGUUGUGUUUAAUAUUGUUAAGCAGAAGCUAAACUAAUGUCAUAAAGUGCAAAAACAAAAUGUUGAAAAGUCCUUUCAGGUCCUUACAUGUAUUGCUUGGAUGCUUGUGGUCAUUGUUAAUAGUGGCUGGCUCAUGCUUAUUAGCAAGGAGCAUAUUGGUACGUGGCUUUGGAUGAAGGAAGUGUAUGGUGAUGACCUGGGUUUUUGACAGAUGUGGCCAGACUUAGUCAUCCUUCUGAGUGCUGCCUUGCCCUGUUCCUGUGGUGAGGCUGUGUUUCCCACAUAUUGGAAGCAUGUUUUUGUGAAUAUUAUCAGAGUCUGGAACGUAUUCAGUUGAAUGUCUUAGAUGCUGACAAAUCUUCCUCCUUUGACAAAAGUUUGUUUUCAGAAGUAGCUAAGUCAUUUAGAGCCAAAAUUGCUGAGUGGAGAAUGUAAUCAAGCUGGUUUAUCAGCAUUUGAGGUCAAGAACUAAGAUGUAACUGUUAAGUUCUUGAAGAGGUUGUUCUUAAUGUUGGCCCAAAUGAGAGGGCAGCAUCUUUGCAAAGUUAAGAUGGGACGGCUGCCCAUGAAAACAUCUUUGAAGGGUGAUGUUCAUUCAGAUAUAAAAGUUCCCAGAGUAGACACACCAGGGCCAGUCCUCGCAUGUGAUGUUUUGGAGCCUCCGUUAAGCCAUCCUGCCCACUGUCGGGGCAUCCGGUUCUCUAACUGUGAAUGCUGCUGGCAGAAGCGAGAGUGGUGUUCAGGCCAACUGUUCCUGGCUUAGUUUAGUUGAAGGAAAAAAAGUGAAGUGAAAUACACCCCAAAUUAGGGUUUUGACCCAUGGUUCUACGAUACACUGAUUUCAAAACUAGAGCACUUCUUUAGAGAGAGGAAGAAUGCAAAGUUCAGUAUCUCAGUAUUUUGUGUCUUAUUGAACACCACCUUUAAUAUCAGAGAGAUUCUUUUCUCUCUGUGGAAAGUGUGAAACUUUUGUGGGGAUUAGAAGGGACAUUCCAUUCCUUCCUUCUUGACAAAGCGUCAUUCAGAGGUUCUCGUGUGCAUUCUUGGAAACAGAUAGUUUUGUAGAGUUAGCUGUUGAGUAUGUACUCUUUUUCUUUUCUUGAAUCCCCAGAGAAAGGAAUUGCUUAAACUACUAGAAAGAUUAAAGUAUUAAAUGUCAGUUAAUUUGUUGUGCUAAAGUAUCUUCAAGCGUGUUAUAAUCCAUCCUAUUUGAUUUAAAGUGCUCACAGAAAACCCUGUGCAACUCAAGGGGACAAUUGAGGUCUAAAAAGAGACAUAUCUUAUACUGGCUCUGAAUUCUAGGCGUUGUAAAGAGCACAUUUAAAAGAAAUUGUAUGUUAGGUUCUGGCUUUAUCUUUUCUUUUUUCUCUCUUGGAUACAUAAUAGUGCAUUUCAGGUGCAGAGUUUUUGGGUAGGAAGGAUGGGACUAGACAGGGAUGGGAUGGAACCAGUCUACCUGGGAAACUAACCCAAGUUUCUAUAUUAUUUUGCCUGUUUCUUAAAAGACCUCUCAUCAGGGGUUGCUGUGAGUUUUGUUAAUGUUUGUGUUGUUGGGUUUUUGGUUAAAUGAAGCCUGUAGCUGGAAAAUUAACUUUUUGAGUUUUCACAUUGUUCCAAAUUUCUCUUUGCAGACCUUUAAACCUUAGCCCCUGGUUGAUUGUGUUAAAUCCAUUAUAAGAAUGUUAUUUAAAGUUGUAUUAUAAUUGCAACCUUCACUAAUUAUUCAGUACUGUAGCAGCAAAAUAUUAUUUGUAAGAAUUUGAUUAUUUUUAUACUUAU